CCUGUUCAAGGGGGGGAGGUAACUCUCACAUUGUGUAUAUGUAACAGAGGGCGCUGAACGUCGUCGUCUCAGAAGACUUUUCAUGAAGAGAAGAAGAAAUCCUGGAAAAUGAAACUUAUGUGUUUGUCCAGUAACCACAGUAAGCCCUGCUUUGUGCUACAGUUCAAAGGAGUGAACAUCAUGAUGGACUGUGGGCUAGAUAUUGCUCAAGUGCAGAACUUCAUUCCUUUACCAGUUAUAUCUAGCUCUAAGUUUGAUAACUUACCAAAUUGGACUCCACCAAACAACCAACCAACACAGUUGCAAAAGGAUGUGACUAAAGAACUAAAGGAAUGUGGUGGUCGUGUAUUUGUUGAUGGCACUUUGGAAUUUCUGCCUCCAGAGACCCGUAUGGUUAAUUUGUCACAGGUUGAUGUUAUCCUCAUCUCUAACUACACUUGCAUGUUGGCUCUUCCUUACAUCACAGAAUAUUCUGGUUUCAAGGGUGUUGUUUACGCUACCGACCCAACUGUACAGAUAGGAAGACAAUAUAUGGAAGAGUUGGUGACGUAUGUUGAACGUUUUUCUAAAUCAAGAGUUUCUGCCAAAUGGAAAUCGGAAGACCUUAUUAAAACACUACCACCUCCAGUAUGUGAUGCUGUACAUCCGUCUACCUGGAAGAAAUGUUAUACAUUUGAUGAUAUCAACUCCUGCCUUGCACAUGUACAAGUUAUUGGUUUUAAUGAAAAACUGGAAUUUUUUGGUGCCUUAGAUGCCAUGGCCACAAGCUCGGGUGUAUGUCUUGGCAGUAGCAACUGGGUAAUUUCUUCACAGUAUGAGAAAAUUGUAUACAUUGCUGGUACGUCUACCCUAACAACUCACCCUAAACCGAUGGAAACUGGGCCUCUGAAGAAUGCUGAUGUUCUCAUUCUUAGCUGUUUAUCUCAAAGACCCCUUGCCAACCCUGAUGCUAUGAUCGGAGAGUUUUGUUUAAAAGCAGCACUGACAGUGAAGAAUGGUGGAAAUGUCUUGGUUCCCUGUUAUCCUUCUGGAAUUACAUAUGAUCUCUUUGAGUGUCUAUCUGGGCACUUGGACAGUUGUGCAAUGGGACAAGUCCCCAUGUAUUUCCUCUCACCAGUAUCUGAUAGUACUCUAGCAUAUGCCAAUAUUUUCUCUGAAUGGUUAUCUACUGCCAAACAAAAUAAGGUUUACCUUCCUGAGCCCCCUUUUCCUCAUGCAGAGCUUUUAAAUAGUGGCAGGCUUCAGAAUUUCACCAAUAUUCACAGUGGUUUGAGUAAUUCUUUCAAAUCUCCAUGCAUUGUUUUUGCUGGACAUCCGUCUCUACGUAUGGGAGAUGUGGUACAUUUCUUGGAGCUGUGGGGCAAAUCUUCUGCAAAUGCUGUUAUGUUCACAGAACCAGAUUUUCCAUAUUUAGAAGCUCUGGCACCUUACCAGCCAUUGGCAAUGAGAGUCUGUUACUGCCCAAUUGAUAUUAGCUUAAGCUUCAGUCAAGCCAAUAAACUGAUUAAGGACUUGAGACCCCUUCACCUGGUGUUGGCUGAAGACUACAUCACUCCACCUCAUGUAGCACCCAUGCGGACAGACUUAACUAUUGAAUGGGAACCAGCUCCACUGACGUACAAGAGAGGAGAAAUACUUUCUCUGCCAGUGAAGAGACAAUUUGAAAGAAUUGAAAUACAUCCACGGUUGGCAUCAACCUUGGAACCAGUGGAAGUAAAACCAGGAUCUUUGAUCACCAUGGUUACAGGAUGCAUCAUGGGAAAAGAUAAUAAAAAUGUCUUAGAGCCUAUACCAGAUGAUGUAGCAGUAAAAAAGAAGCUGAAGACUAGUGGUGCAGCCCUCAGUUACCUCUGGGGAACUCUUAACAUUAAGAGAUUUGUAGAUGCUUUGACUGAGAAUGGAAUUACAGAUGUGAAGUUGGAAGAGGCUGGAGAUGGUUCCAUUAUACAUUUGCCUAAUGAAGAUACCCUCAUACAAAUCGAGCCAGAAUCAACCCAUAUCAUCUGUGAAGGAAAUGAGCCGAUUCGCAUAAAGAUCCGAGACACAUUACUGAAAUGUUUGUCCAAGUUUUAAAUUAAACACUCUCCCUCUUUCAUGCAUCAUUUCACAUUUUUUUUGUUUUUUCAUAAAACCAUUAAAACUUUACACGAAUCAUUUAUAAUAAAUUAUUUUGUUUUAAAGUAA